AUGCAGGCAUGGGGAGAGGACAUCCACAUCGGGAGGUACGACCUCCUGAGCACGGAUGAGCUGAAGAUGGGGCCGCGAGAGCGCAUCAAGCGGGCCACCGCGCUGUCGACCCGGGGGCUACUCGGCAAGGUCUUUCCACCGUCGCCAGGCGGGGAGACCACUAUUAUGACGGUCAUGGACAUGGGCUCCGCGCACGGCAGCACGGCGAGGACGGCGGCCAAGGAGCACGGGUGCAACGUGGUGUGCAUCGACAUUUCUCGUGGGUUCAACGCCGUCAACGCUAAGCUCUCAGCCGCCGCGGGAUUGUCCGACAAGAUCAUCAUCCCCGGAGAGAGGUCGUACUUCGACACCGAGAUGCCAGCCGCCAGCAUGGACGCCGUGCUUUCCCAGGACGCCUUCGGGCAUGCCAGCACGGAGCACCACAGGGCCAUCAAGGAGGCCGCGCGUGUCCUCAAGCCCGGCGGGGUGAUGGCCUUCUCGGACUUCAUGCAGUCAGACGACGCGGACCCGACCAAGCUGGGAGAGGUUUACCAACACAUUGGGAUAAGCCGUCUCGCCAGCCCCGGAUUGUACGAGGAGUGGGGAAACGCGUAUGGCUUGGAGCCGGUAGAGUUCGACGAUCGCACCUCCAACUUCAGUGUUCACUACCAACACCUCGUGGACGUAAUUGCGUCCUUGAGGGGUACCAUAAAAGGCGUGGACGACGAGUUCUUGGACAGGAUGACCUCGCGAUACGGCUCCUGGUGCGUCGCGGCUGAGUUUGACGUCCUGCGGUGGGGCGUGAUCGUUCUCAAGAAGAGUUCGACGGGGUGA